ACCACAACUCGUCGGCGACCCCACCGACAUCAUCUCGCUGUCUGUCGCACCUGGCCCAGUCACCCACUGAACGACAUCGCAAGCCCUCGACAGUCUGCGACCAUGGCUGAACCUCCAAUAGUCCUGGACGGCGGGACCGGAUUCCUCAAGGUUGGAUACGCGGCACAGAACUUCCCCGAGUUUCAAUAUCCCUCCAUCGUCGGACGACCCAUCCUCCGAUCCGAAGAAAAGGGCAACGAUGGCAUGGUUAUCAAAGACAUCAUGUGCGGAGACGAAGCUGCCGCCGCACGAACCAUGCUACAAGUCUCGUACCCCAUGGAGAAUGGGAUUGUAAAGAAAUGGGACGACAUGCAGCAUUUGUGGGACUAUACGUUCUACGAGAAGAUGAAGAUUGAUACAACGGGGAGGAAAAUCCUCUUGACAGAGCCGCCGAUGAACCCCCUCAAGAAUAGGGAGCAGAUGUGCGAGGUUAUGUUUGAGCGGUAUCAGUUUGGGGGCGUGUACGUGGCUAUCCAGGCCGUGCUGGCUCUUUAUGCACAAGGUCUCAGCUCAGGUGUGGUCGUCGAUUCGGGUGAUGGAGUAACGCACAUCGUCCCCGUGUACGAAUCAGUUGUUCUCAAUCACCUCACCCGCCGGCUUGAUGUCGCGGGCCGAGAUGUAACACGCAACCUAAUUGCGCUGCUCCUUCGUCGCGGAUACGCUUUGAACCGAACAGCAGACUUCGAGACUGUGCGACAAAUCAAGGAGAAGCUGUGCUACGUCUCCUACGACUUGGAACUGGACCAGAAACUGAGCGAAGAUACAACCGUGCUCGUGGAAAGCUACACCCUGCCUGAUGGACGAGUCAUCCGAGUCGGCAGCGAGCGUUUUGAAGCCCCUGAAUGUUUGUUCCAACCUCAUCUUGUGGACGUUGAACAACCCGGAAUCGCCGAGUUCCUCUUCAACACCAUCCAAGCCGCCGAUGUCGAUGUGCGUGCUUCUCUCUUCAAGGCCAUCGUUCUGUCGGGUGGAAGCUCAAUGUAUCCCGGUCUUCCCUCACGGUUGGAGAAGGAACUGAAGCAGUUAUGGCUCACGAAGGUCCUCGGAGGAAACCCGGAGCGAUUGAACAAGUUCAAGGUGCGGAUCGAGGAUCCACCGCGGAGGAGGCAUAUGGUCUUCCUCGGCGGAGCGGUGUUGGCAAAUAUCAUGGCAGACAAAGAGAACAUGUGGAUUACGAAAAGCGAGUGGGAGGAGCUGGGUCCGGCUCGGGCGUUGGAGAAACUGGGUCCAAGAUAA